ACGCCUUCGUAUCCACCCACACUAUCCCGCCGGGCUACCGAAUACCCAACCUUAUCACUUAACACCUCUGCAAUGGCCCGCACGAAGCAAACCGCUCGCAAGUCUACCGGUGGCAAGGCGCCCCGCAAGCAGCUCGCCGCCAAGUCGGCGCGGAAGACGGCCGCGACUGCGACGGGUGGUGUGAAGAAGCCUCAUCGUUUCCGCCCUGGUACCGUAGCUCUUCGUGAGAUCCGUCGGUACCAGAAGUCGACGGAGCUGCUUAUUCGCAAGCUUCCGUUCCAACGGCUUGUCCGAGAGAUCGCCCAGGACUUCAAGACCGAUCUGCGGUUCCAGUCCUCCGCGGUCAUGGCGCUGCAGGAAGCUGCCGAGGCUUACCUCGUUUCGUUGUUCGAGGACACCAACCUUGCCGCGAUCCACGCCAAGCGCGUUACCAUCCAGCCUAAGGAUCUUGCCCUUGCUCGUCGUCUCCGUGGCGAGAGGACAUGAGUCC